CCCCGCUGGGGCCAGCGGCCCCGCGGCGAGGCGCCCGCCGAAGGCGCUCCCGCGGAGGACGACGACCGCGCCUCGGCGCCGUUGCUCGCGCGGGUGUGGGCAACCCUGGUGGAGUUGCUGCCCGCAGCGCGGCAGGUCGAGGCCCACGCGCACUUCCAGCAGUUCUUCGCGCUCCUUCUGGAGGUUUUGCUCUUGGGGCCAGAGGUCCUCGACUGGGCGCUCCGCGCAGGCGGGCUGGACGAGCUCGUGGAGUUCGCCCUACAGGAAGACAGCGAGGACAGCUGCCCUGCUCUAGACGCGGCCCUCGAGCGCGCGCGGGAGUGGUACGAGCCGAGCGGCCUCUGGGGCGCCCCGCGCGAGGGCCCGCCCAGCGGGCCGGCGGCGCGGGAGCUCGUGCUCGGCACCGACGGCGCCCCUGGGGGCGGUGGCGGCGCUGGGCCGGCGGAGGCCGCAUCCCCCGACCCCUCGUUCGAGCAGCAGCUCUUCGGCGAGCCUGGCACCGCGGUGGAGCUGGGCCCGCUGUGGGGUGCGCUGGUCGCGCUGCUGGGGCGGGACCCGGCCCGCGUCGGCACCCGCGCUGACGCGCUGCUGGUGCGCUUGGUUCGCAUCGGAGGCGCAACCCCGGCCGCCGGGCUUCAGGCGGGGCGCCUGUUGCAGCUGCUCUGCGCGGGCGACCUGGUGAGGUCUCGCGCCGCCACGUGCCUGGUCUGCGAGAGGGUGGACGAGUCGGAAAGCCGCGCCAUGCGGUCCGCGCUGCGCAUGGGAACUGCGCUGGUGGAGCUGUCGGACGGGCUCUGCCAGCAGCGGACCGUGUACUUGCUGCGGUCCUUGCUGGAGUGGCCGACCUGCUCGAGCAUUGUCGACUUCACCUCCGUGAUCUCCUUCCAGAUACUUUCCAUAUUCGCCGUCCUCGCGAGUCUGCAGCUCAGCGAGGGACUGAUCAUUCAGAACCCAGUGUGCAGUUACAGUCGUGGCGAGAAGUGCUCCGUGAUGCCAGAAGGGGACGUGCAGAGUUGGCUGGUGAGACCACGCAGCCAAAGCUUCGCUCAAGCACAAGGUCGGCGCCCCAAGGUGGCUCGAGCAGCGGGAGGAAGCAGUGGCCGAGGACGAGGAAGAGGACAUGGAGGAUCGGAUGGGGGCCGAGAUCAAAGCGCUGGUGGUUCAGCUCGAGGCAAGGGUGCGCACGCUCGAACAUCAGACACUAUCCACGGCGGUGGCGCCCCGCAACAGCCAGCCGGUCAAGUCAGCGAUAUCGGCCUACCAAGAGUUCAUCCAGAAGCGCAAGAGAAACCAGAGGAGGACAUAGGAGCUCCGAGCUUCCAUUGCUUCUACGCCAUUCUGCACGUUUUAGAGAACUGGUCGUUCGCGGACACGCCGGAGCGACGAAUGCGCUGCUCGGGCGUCCUCAAGAGGCUGCGGAUCAUGCUGGAAAAGGGGGCGCCAGCGGAAGCAUUGGACUUGGUGUUCGAGCUACUUUGCCUCCCAACGUUCGACAAGCCUGGCAAGGACGCGAAGAACAGGCUCACAUACCACUUGGCAGGGCGCACGCUACUACCCGACGACGUGCAACUCGAGAAUCAGCUCCUGGAGGCGCUGCAGUCGGCCGAGAGGCAUCCAAUCAAACAGACGACGCCCAAUGAGAUCCCGACGGCCAUGUUGACGUACAAAAGGGAGCAUCAUCACGAUUUAGAAGUGUUUUUCUGAGGUCCUGAGGGCGGCAGGACGCAGUGUGCAGCCAAGCAAGGCGCCGAGGGGCAAACUUGCACGCAGGUUUGGCGGUGGACGCAAGAGGUAGGUAUCCUACGUUAGGCUUUGGCUCCUGUGUGGGUCUGAUUGGGGGCUUUGGAGUCACGUACGCAGGUGAACUAAUUUUGGUCGGGUCGGUGAACAAGCGCGAUGCCCUCGAGCCGGAUUCGAAUGAGAGAUUUAGCCGAGCCCCCUCGCUGGCGCCGCAGCAGGUGCACCAGCCAUGUGCUCAAAUGAAGUCUUUCGACGCACAGAAGCUGGUGCUCGAACGUGGUGUAGCCACUUUCGGCCCAACCAGGGCAAUACUUGAACCGAAACUUUACGAGUGAUUGUAUAGUUCCGUGGAGGUGUGCCUAAGUGGCGGUG